GGAAAAAAAACAGUUGAGCUUUCUCGCACUUUAACCACAGUGGUGAGGGAAUUGCAGGGAGGGGCUAAGUUAAACAGCUUGUAUAUUCUGGUUUAUUUUUGGUCAUGAGCCUACCCUACUUGUUGAUGAGAAAUUAUUUGAAGCCCGGAGUAUUGGGUCCCAGUGUAUCUGUAUCCAGACAAAUCUGGUGAUAUAUUUGAUCAUCUUUCUGCUUCAGGCCAUGUUGUAACUAUAGCAAUGUUUCUGGAUGAUUUCGGACCAGCCCACCAAUCAAUAACAGCCCUGGCAGCCAGCAGCAAGCUAGUGCUUGCCACUUUAACCCAUGGUGCAAUUUUUGAGCAAAGUCUCUGCCUUCCCACAACUGCAUACAAGAUUGCCUAAUUUUUUUUUUAAAAACUACGAUAGGGACAGAAAGGGGCUCUUUACAGUUUUUUUUAGAAAACUGUUUUGGACGUCAGCAUGGAAUUAUAGUUUCGUUGUCUUUUUUUAACUAUGAAAGAAAAGACUUCCUUGUGCUGAAGGGUGUUUCUGUGCGUUUGAAUGGGAGGAGUCACUGAGCCCUCGUCGGUAAAGAAUUCUAAAUUAACCCCAGUGGAGAUACAAUCAUUAACACGCAAGGUGCUGGCAGGGAGGAGUUAUUGAACCUUGUAGUGCAAGGAACCUGAACUGGCACCAGGAAAGGUUCUUCUCUUUCCUUGUAGGUGCCCAAGGAGUCUUGUAAUGUUUUUAGUUAACAUCAAUUUGCGUCUGUUAAUUUAGCUUCCUCGCACUGUCAGGUACAAUUAAACUCCUCCGGUUGGCGCACGAUGAUGUCUUCAUCAAUGUUGUUGAAACAGAAAUAUUACAAAAAGAACAACUGCAAAAACCAACAGGGAAAGCGAAAUGUCAGUCGUAAAAUACUUUUGUCCAUGAAGAUGGCCAAUGGAGUAGAUGGCCCUAUAGGUAUCCCAUUCCCAGAUCACAGCAGUGAGAUUCUCAGUAGUCUUAAUGAGCAGAGGAACUAUGGUUAUCUCUGUGACGUUAUUAUCAUAGUGGAUGGUCAGGAAUUUCGGACCCAUCGAUCUGUCCUGGCAGCCUGCAGUCAAUACUUCAAGAAGCUCUUCACACUGGGGGCCAUUGUGGACCAACAGAAUGUUUACGAAAUAGACUUUGUCUCGGCAGAAGCGCUGUCUGCACUCUUGGAAUUUGCAUACACGGCAACCCUGACUAUAAGCACUUCGAAUGUAAAUGAGAUUUUAAAUGCGGCAAGACUACUGGAGAUCCAAUGUGUGAGCAACGUUUGCCAUGAUCUCCUUGUGUCGAAUGCCCUGACCAAUAAGGAGAUGGCAGAUUACGUAGAUCAAAUUGAUCAGAAAAACCUCCUACGAGCAAAAGAAUAUCUAGAGUACUUCCAAUGCAGCCCGGCAAAUGGACAUGUCGACAGCCAGUGGACAGGUCCCGAGAUAAAAGACCUUCCAAGAGUGCACUUUAAAAAUGGAGUUAGCGAGGAGCUGGCACCGAAGGCAGAGGGGGCUUAUGCAGAAAUGAUGGAAGGUGAGCAGCCAACAGAAACAGUGGAGAAGCCCCUGGUGUGGCUCAAGAGAGAAGAUGUAACCGGCCCUUCCUUCUCCCCUUCACAAAACGGGGACUACAGUGACUUCCGCCUUCCUGAGGAAGAAGGACUUCUGGAACACCAACCUAUGCAUCCGAACUUCACCCCAGGUGAAGAGGUAAAACCAGAGAUGACCAAGGAAGACGAUGAUACCCUUUCCUCUCGAGCCUUCCUCGAACAGAUCAUCAACUCAGUCGAUGAGACGUACGACACCAAGAACUUGGCAAAAGAAGAGAAUGAUCUUGAAUCAUACUUGAAUUUUUUCAACCCUUCCCUUGAGGUUGAAGGCUACUCCUCCUGGUCUAAAAAAGGCGAGAAGAAAGUGAGAGCAAAGGCAUUCCAGAAGUGUCCAAUCUGCGAGAAGGUGAUCCAGGGAGCCGGAAAACUGCCACGUCACAUCCGGACUCACACGGGAGAGAAACCCUACGAGUGUAACAUUUGCAGUGUCCGCUUUACAAGACAGGACAAGUUGAAAGUUCAUAUGAGGAAGCACACAGGAGAGAAACCCUACUUGUGUAUCGAGUGCGGAGCUGCGUUUGCGCACAACUACGACCUGAAGAAUCACAUGCGCGUUCACACAGGUCUUCGCCCGUACCAGUGCGACGCCUGCUUCAAGACCUUCGUUCGCUCAGACCACCUGCACAGGCACCUUAAAAAGGAGGGCUGCAACGGCACCCCCUCCACAAGAGGGCGCAAGCCUCGGGUGAGGGACACCAGUGGCCUUGUGUCCGAGGGAUCAAACGAUCCUGUCAGUGGAGAGGGCACCGUGGAAGAGGCUGCCAACACAAGCAUGGAGUUGGAAGAAAACAGCAACCCGCAGCACUUUGAAGAUCAAUCUGAAGAAAAUUAUUCCAAGCUUUUGGAGAAUGAAGAGUCUGAGAGGCUGAAUGUAAAUGAGGAUUUAAUUGCAGAAGGCAAAAGCCAAUUGUGUGAAAGCUAAACCAAAUUAUGGUAACAGGAAGGUGGGUGGGAUGGGCAGGGUAAAGGGGCACAAAUCUUCUUCUAUUAGUAGUUCCUCAUCCUUUUUAAACAAAAAUGGGCGAGAAGGAUUUUUUUUUACUUUAUUUCAGAAAUAGCUUAGUAGUACAGUGCUAGACCUCUUGUUUUACAGUUUAGACAAAGGAAAUCACUGCUAGAAUCUUAAGUAGGAGUUGAUCUAUGCUACACUCAUCAAGCACUGGUUACUUCUGAGUAUUGAUCCUUGGUACAAAGUGAGAUGCUUGCUAUCAGUGCAGAUUCUGCUAAUUGAUAAAUGUAUCAGCGACCAAGGCUAGUACAGGUACUUAUCCCAACAAAGCCACAGAUCCCAGUAUUAGCAUUGGUCAACUUCUAAUAUUAAUCAACUAGAAAAUAACGUUAAAUUAUGAUUUUUUAAAAAUUCAUAGUUUGGUUUAAGUAACUUUUUUAGUGUUCAAGUUUAUGACUAUACAGUACAAACACAGGACAGGAACAGCAGUAAUGAGAUCAAUUAUGGUAAAAUAAGUUUCUUAAGAGUUUUUAAAAGAAAAUUUAGCUUUUUGUUUCAAAAGUCAGGUUCCAAGUCAUUUUAUUUUUUAAAAACAAACCUUUUUGCUAAUUUUGCAAACUGGUUUGAAAUCUAAGAAUUUAGUUGUUUUUAAAAGAGCGUUUACUGAAUGUAUGGUAUGUGUGACAAUAGUGAAUUUGAAAGGAUUCGGGAGUGAGACGGUGUGGAAAGGGCUUAUACCUUUUCAGGUUAGCAAUAAAUUUGGAAGGCCUAGCACUUUUAUAUAGAGGGUUCAAUCAGUUUAUUGAUCUGGACCCUUUGUAAAAAUGUUUACAAGUGAUAUCCCUAAUCAAUCAAAUAUGGAGAAAGGGAAAGGGUGAGAAAACUACUAAUUCUAUUUUGUAACAUAAUAAUUAUAUAGACCCUCUAAGCUCAUUGCACUUAUAGCCAAGAGCUUAAUUUGGGCUGGGUCAUACAAAGCCCUUGCCCAGUGUUGAUCAGUUUGGUCCAUAUGAGAAAGGGGUAAAAUAAUGAAAUUGCAAAGUAAUUUUAAGAAAUGAGGUUUUAUUUAAUUUUAAGGCAGAAAUUGUAAAUUAUUUUAUUGUAGCUAUUCUCUCUUGAAAAUCGUGAGAACUGAGAAAUCUUAGAGGCCUAAAGUGUUAUGAAGAAAAAAUAUUUUAUCCCAGUUAAUCAAGAAUAUUUAUCAGGAAUUUGUUUUCAAGUAAUUAAAUUUAGCCACACAGCUCUCUUGCAUGGAGUGACAUCCCAUGAAUAAUUUUAGCUUUGUCAGACUGUAUCCAACCAAACAAAAUGUGAAGACGAUUGCUGAAAGUUGAUAAUGAAUCUCCAAGAUGAAAAAUAUUUCUAUAAUGACUCCUCCACUUCUCAUAAAAUAAUUUACUACCAAGUACAAUGUGUGAGGCAGACAAUACACCUCCUAAAGUAUUCAUAUCAUUCUAUCACGGUUAGAUUGGGAGAGUUUACUGACCCCUUAAAGCAGAGUUUUAAAGAUAGGUGGACAUUUGAAAGAGAAGAGUUCUAACAACGUUUUUUAGAAUGUAUAUUCUAAUUAAGCCCUCAUCAUUCAAGAAUAGAUUUGGAGUUUAUUAUUGAUGACAAAAUCUCCCAAUUUCUAUUGAGUAUUUAACUGAAUAACCAGCUCCUCCAGAACUGCCUGGUAACUUGAUUGGUUAGCUGUAGCACAAAAUCCUCUCCAGCUGGGCUUCUUCCCUGCAACCAUAUCUAGCCUCAUACGGAGAACUGAAGCAACAUUGGGUGAAUUGUUCUGGCUACCAAGUCCUAGUGUGGGUUUGUAAAUAAUAUGUAUUUCACUUAAUGAGAUUUUAUUUAAUGGAUUGACCUUUUACUUUUUGAUAGUGAAUUUAUGGGGCAAGUUGUGUAUUUCAGCACUGUAUGAAAAGGAGCAGGUGUGGGAGCUUUGAGGGAAAUGAGUGUUAGACACCACUACAGGCAACCUUUUACCACAUUCCUUCUUUUUGCACUAAAACAGACGUCAGCGUGCAGUAGCAGGCACGGCUGGCUGCAGAAAACACCUUCAGCAUGCAUUUCUAGUUGACAAAUAGUCAGCAAGGUCAAAAAUACCAACAGUCAAAGCCCAAUUUUAUGUUGUGCUUGGAGCGUUUUGUCAUUUUCAUACAAGCCAUAGACUGUGUCUUUGGAAGUUGUAUGAAAAUGUGUUUGAACAAGGUGUGUGUAAUGAAAAGGGUUGGUGGCUCUCUUUUUGCUUAAAUCUUUGUUCUGAAAUAUACAGUAGUUUCUCUUAAUAGAGAAACUAUUUUAGAAUUGUUUAAACAAGAUGCAUGUUUUAUGCAGGAAUGUGGUAUACUUGAGAGUGUUCAAAUGAAAAGGCUCGUAAUGUAAUUGUAAACUUCUUAUCCCAAUGACAAAUGUGAUGAAGUGUCAUAAAUAUUAGAGUAACAUUGUACUUGGAAUCCUCAUGAAACACAGCAUCAGUUAGUUGUGGUCUCGAAAAUGUCUGGACCAUUUAACUGGACUUACUGAUGUGCCAGGUUGACAGGUAUAUCCUUUGCAAAUAUUUGUGCCCUUGGCAAUGAUAGAUUUUUAAUGAGCAGAAUAAUUAGUGGAUAGCCAUAUAAAUGUGGGCAAUCAGAUAUAUAUGUACAUAUAUAAUAUAUUGAAAAAUCUCCCUUUCUCCUUCCCCUAACCUAAUCACCCAAUCUCUAUCCCUGUGGAGCUUUGUCAAAUCACUGGAUUAUUAUAAACUGUUCUGCCUGCCUUUCUGUUCUGGUAAUAUGUUGUAUUUGAUCUUGUUUUAAUUAUGCUUUCCUGUCAUAAUCACCCCCUUGAUGCAUUUAAUCUACUGAAGCCAUACACUAAAUCGUUGCUUGAACAUUUUUUCAAUAGCUGAAGGAAAUUGGAAAUUGGGUUUCAGGUACUGUUGGAUAGAUUUUUUUUUCUCUUUAAGCACAACUUCUGUGCCCUGAAGGAGGUCUACAUUUGCAAGCUCCUAGCUGCUGUUUCCUUGAAUGAACUUGUGUUUGCCCCUCCAACACUCAGCCUGCACUGUGUGUGGUGACGGAUUCAAGGUGGUUUGAGGGAGAGUCCCUGAUGUCAGUCAGAAGUACCUUUCACGAGUUGGAAGCUGUGUCUCCGUGUCCUCCUCACAGGCUUAAUGUAGAGUUCAGUUUCGGAGCAGCACACCUCUCACUUCACCUUAAGCAAUUUGUGAAUUUGAUGAUUUGGAGAAAUGGCAUCAUAUAAAACAGAAGCAGGCCCUUCAGGCUGCUGAUUCCGUUCCAACCACCAAACAUCCACUUACACUAAUCCUACACAAGUCCCAUUUUAUUCUUCCCACAUUCCCAUCAGUCUCCCAGAUUCUACUAUUCAGGACAACUUACAGGGCUAUUUAAUCUACUACACUGCGGGUCUUUGAGAUCUGGGAGAAAACCAGAUCUCCUGGAGGAAAACCCACAUGGUUGCAGGGAACACGUUUAAACUGCACAGAGACAGUGCCAGAGGUCAGACUUAAACCAAGUCAUUCGCGCUGUGAGACGGUAGCCCUACUGGCCACGUAACUAUGCCAGUUUAUUUGGAGAGCUUAUAUCUCCUCAACUCCCUGAAAUUCAGCCGUGGCCUCUCGGGUUUUGUCACCUCUUUAACUCCAGGCUUUCCAUGUGGUGCCUGUCCUCCCUCAUUGUCCCAUUUCAUCUGCAGGCCAUGGGAACGAACACUCAGAUUUCUCCUGAUUAGCCGGUACAACCUUGGCUAAGCGCACUGGAGAAUUCCGUCACACUACCUGCCACCUUAAGCAGCCCCACCCCACUAGCCUAUCUCAACUUGCAUUUGUAUAGCACCUUUAAUGUAGUAACCCUCCACACCCCAGCACAUACAGGAAAACUUGGUAGUAAAUUAGUGAAAGAGGUUAGGUUACUAAGCAGUUAGGGCACAUCAAUGGGGCUUGUUUAAUGUGGUCCGUUUUGAGGAUGAUCUACAAACAUUCUAAACAGUGAAAGAAAGGCAGAGAUAUUUCAUAAAACUAUAUAAUAAAUAAAAUAUUCAAUGAAUUGAAAGAUGCACACUUCCUAUCUAUAAUCCCAUAAGAAUCCAGAACAGUUUACAAGAAUUGGCAGUCCUGAUUCAAAACCAUAUUGGAUACAAGUUAGGAUAUUGCCAGUCGCACAACAGCUGGAUUGCACACGUUGUAAACCUCUAGUGCGUACUUGGGGAAGUGGUGUGUGAUGAUUAUGUGCUGUUGACAAAUGUUGCUAUCACAUCAUUCUGAAUAUGUCCCUUUUAGUCAAACGUGGCCAGUGUAGCUUUGCUGGUGCAAGCAGCAGUUCUGGUUUAAAACACUUAAAUCUAUGCAAAGCUAAAUCAUCGGUUCUUGAAGCUGAUUUUGGUGCCACAUUGUGUCUGCCCCACCAUAUCUUGUCAGAUGAGAGGCUGCCCCUCCAGGGCAUUUGACUGUAGAAUUGGGUUGGGUACAACUUCAGAUUUGUGUCGCACCUUUAGAAUUAAUCUGUAGUGUAAACAUGCUCUAAAGCUAUUAAAAUGCUCUGAUUUGGCAUCAUUUCAAUUGUGGUUCCUUGGAAGAUGAUUAAUAAAUCCCUUUAGUAGCUGUAAGUAUUGGUAGGUUUUAUUUACUGGUGCCUUGUGAACAGAUAGUCAGAAAACAUUCCUAUUGUGGAAUUUUAAUUAUUUUUAAUGAGUCUUUGAUAGAUUAAUAAGCACAUUGUUAAGCCUACCCUCUCCCAUUCCUGGUUUUCCAUAAUGUGAACAGAUAAUGACUGACAUGUAAUAACUUUUGAUUUGUUAGAAUCCAGAAACUGAAAUAGUGCAAACUAUUUCUAAGCAGUACGUUGGAAAUCUUAUAGAACUGAACUCCCCCUGUUGGUCAUUUAGUGGAUCAAAUAUUGUUUCGUAGCUUUCUAACAUCCACUGAAGGAGUUGAGAUCGAUUUGAUCACAACGUAACAAUUCAUGUAAUUUAUUUCUGUCUGAAUUUUGAAAAUGGUCUAAUCGUUUUUAAAUCUGCUCAUUUUUGUUCAGUCCUGCUAGCUGAAUCAGCACUCUGGCCACUCCACAUCUUAUCACAUGUAAUGAUAGACAAAAGCAAAGAGUUAUUGUCCAGUUCCUUACUGUGUCCAUUUAGAAUCUCCCUCCACCCUGAGAUGUUUAUUGUGACAUCCAGUAACUUUAGAGUUUGAGAUCGCAAGAAUAUCACAUAUUUUAUACUGUACUUUAGAAUGAAUAUUUUAAAUUCAUUUUGGAGUUUUACUGGAAAACUGAGUAAACCAGAUGGAGCAUGUAGAGGGGAGGCAUAAUACAACAAAACCAAUUGUACACAUAGAGAGUACAGGCUAUGAGCAAUGCUUAGAAAGGCUAGGUCUUUGCAGCCCAAAGACGCCGGUAAAAUGUAGAAUGAAUAAAUCACUGUUUCAACAACAAGAACAGAAGGUGUGGAGCCGUCCUGCAGGUUAGGCGGAAUGUAGACACAGUUAAAGUUUCCGGCCCAGGACCCGUUGUCAGAACUGUUUCAUCAGUGAGCAGCAGAAAUCAGUGAGAAGUGAAGUUAAGAUGCAUCUGAAAACUAGCUGUUAGCCCAGAAAUGAAGUUUUUGUAAUCUUCUGUCUGGCAAUGAUGUGAAGAGCAAAAGAUACAGAGGACUUCAAGAUGCAGUUGGAUGCAAUGCCAGGAGAGUUGAUGUAUUAGAGAAAUAAUCUUCAUUGGGCUAAAUGGCUUUGCGUGCACCUCUCGAGCUUAAAGCUUAGUUAUGUAACAUCUGGACUGAAAUGCAGUAAUAGAAGCUAAUUAGGAUUUAGAAAACUUACUGGGGGCACGAGACUGCAGAUGCUGGAAUCUGGAGCAGAGAGCAAACUUCUGGAGGAACUCUGGAUAUUGAGCAGCAUCUGUUUGGCGGGUGGGCGGGGUGGGAGGAGGAAUCGUUGAUGUUUCAGAUGUCAAUGCAGGGAUGCCGCUUUGAGUUCCUCCAGCAGUUUGUUUUAGAAAACUUACUGUUGUGUUUCAUGAGUUUCCCUUCUUUAUUCCAAAAUCCGAGCAAAGGAGCUUAGAUGCAAGGUGGCAUGUUGUGUGUAAUGCAUUGCCAAAGCAGAGAGGGGACAUUCCAUACUGUGUGUGCAUAGACUCUUAAACUGGGUAUGUGGAGAAAUAGAGAGAAUUUCAAAUUGCACUUUGGGCUAUCGGUAAAUCUUGUUGUAAAUAAAACCACUAAAUCAAUCAGCAUAGUCCAAAAUACAUAGCUUUUAUACUGAAAAAUCCAAAGAAAUUGAGAACUGUUAUGCAUAUAUUGUAUACUUUGAAUUUUUCUGCCCAUUAUUAAUUUUUCCAGUUUUAAGUUUCAUAUCUUGCAUUUGACUGCUGCACAACCUUAUAAAUUAUACAACAAAAAAAUACAACGGGCAAGAUUUAAAAAAUGAUAAAAAAAAAACACACAAGCAAAGUAGGGAGCAUGUGAAGAUUACAGGAUUU